UCAGUCAGUGUGGUUGACUAGUGUAGCAAACUAGUAGAUUACCAAUAUAAAAAAUAAAUAAACUUAUUUAUAUUUUUACGAUCAUUAGCUUCUAAAUACUUCAUUUCAAAUUUCUAUCCAACCUCGUUCCGUGUGAUGGAAGAUGAAAGUUUGAAAGAAGGAAGCCGAACGCCAUCGCCAAUCGAAGAAGAAUCCUUCCGUAAAAAAAUUUUAGAAAACCGUCAUAAACUACGCACGGACGAAAAUACAAACGGAUUUAAUUCAGAAACCGAGGGAGAGUGGGAAACUGAGAACGCAGAGACAGAUUCGGAGUCAGAACAAAAAGAAGAUACAGAUAAUAAUCAAGUAUCGAUUGAUAACAACUUGAAGAAAAGAAUGCGAAAAGAUUCUUCCUCGUCAUCUUCUGAAUCUUCGGAUUCUGAUAUUGAGGAGACACCGCACCCUCAGAUCGAGAAAGAAGAUUCUACUCCUCUUGCAAAAGAUGAUACGCCGUCUUCUUCUGAGUUAGACACUGAAAAGAAACAGAAAGAAAUAUCUCGGACUUCUGAGAACGAGAAUAUCUCAACUCAUUCAGAUGAGGACAAAGAUUCUUCCUCAAUAUAUUCUGAAGAAGAAGAGCCGCAUGGAUUUACUGGAUCUUAUGACAUUAGUCCUGUGAAUGAAAAAUCAAUAAUUCCAUCUCAUUCAGAUCACGAAGCUGACGAUGAUAAUGGUAUCAUUCCGGGAAAGUUUUCUACAAUAAGAAGUCGAGCGCGGUCGUCAUCUUCUAGCUCUUCAGAUUCAGACGAAGACGAAAGAGGAGAAAUUGACAAAGGGAACGCAGAUGGCGGUAGUGAACAUGAUGGCAAAAGAAAUUUAGAAUUUGACAAAAAUUCUUCGCCUGGUAGAAGUGAUAACGAGGAUACACAAGAUCAACCGACUUCCCCUGUUGAAAAACUAUCUGCCAAAGAACUUCCUGUCGUUCUGGAUACGCCAUCGUCUUCUUCGUCGGAGUCUGGAGAUGAGAAUGAUAGGAUACCAUCUGCAUCCGAAAAAACUCAACGACUUCCAUCGUCGUCUUCUUCUUCUGACGCAGAAGAGGAAAAUUUAGAAAGUAAAAAACAACUAGAUGAAAAACCUAUUAGAGCAAACCCUGAUACCACUGAAUUAAAAGAAGAUAAAAAUGAAGAGUACAAUGCAGAUUCCUCCACACAGUUGAAUCGUGACUCUUCUUCAUCGUCAUCCAGCGAAUCGGAAGAAGAAGGUGAACAAGAAUCUGGAAUCAAUGCAAAUGAAUUGAAACAACCCAAGAUAGCCGCUCUGCAUGGACAAGAUGCUUCUGUGUUCGAAGAUAGCUCGAAAAAGAUUGAUCAUCACUCGUCAUCGUCCUCAUCAUCUAGCAGUGAUUCAGAAAUGGAAGCAGAAAGUCCUAUCGUUGUGAACGGAACACAUGUAGAUGACGAACAAGAAAUCGAUUCACAGGUUUUGACUCCCCUGUCUUUGAAAAAGGCAUUGGAACAGCGGGAAAGGGAAUUGAAGUUGAAACGACAAGAGGAAGCGGACGUAGAAGCGGGACUCGGCGCAAGGAGACCUUCAGAACAUGCUCACGCAGCGGACCCACAUGCUCAAAUUUUUCCAGAAUCGUAUUCCCCAGAAGCUUUUGAUUUUGAUGGCGAUCCUUCAUUGCGAGCUCGAACCGCGUCAGAUUUUGGAGAGUCCGUAAUGGGAGCCCCGCCCAAACUUCCACCUAAGCAAAGGAACAUCCCAGUUACCGCACCAGACAUUGGAGUUCACAGACAACGACACAGUGAUAAACCAACUGCAUCAGAUGAAGCCCGGCCGAACAUAUACCACGUAAAAGAUAAGACUGCUUCUCUUGGUCGUGGAAUGUGGUCUGACGAUGGAGAUGAUUCAGAGUUGUCGCAACGCAAUCAGCGUCAUCAUCCUCCAGCUGAUCGUGUAAUCGAUUUUUCAAACAAUCCCGAUGGUGAUCACUCGCUGAAAAGGAGUAGAAGCGGACGAAAGAGAGGAUCAUCAAGAAAACGAUCCAAGGAUAAACGACGCAGCAGAAGUCGAUCUCCUAGUGGAUCAGUUUCGGCCCACAGAGUAAUUGAUUUUGACCAAAAUCCAUACGAAGACCCUCGAAAUGCAAUAAAUAAGCAAGCUUUGGUUAGCCUUCAUGCUAAUACAUAUGAUACGGAUGCUUAUGACACUGUACCCGAAACUGGAGACGAGCUAAACAAGCUUAUCGAGAAAGCGAACAGCCUUGGAUACCACCAUAGGUAUCCUGGUGAAAACGAGGACGUAUUUCCCAAAACCAAACUUCGUGAAAAAAAUCUUGACUCCAAGCACCAAGACGCGUUUGCAAAAAUCAUAGCACCUUUACCAGUUCAGGCAAUUCCACCAGAACAUCAAUACAGUUCUGAUACAUCUAAAAGAUCAAGUCGAAGUUUAUCGAAGAAGAAACGGAAGAACAACCCGCCAGUAGAGGCUGUUGACGGUGACGACGAAAUAUCUUUAGCCGAGUCAGAUAUAAACAGAUUUACCCAACCGAGUCCGCCACCUCCAGAACCGUCUUUACCGUUUGUUACAGAGAUUUAUCCGUCGGAUUACACGGAAUUUGAAUCAUUUUCCGAAGGAGAAUUCCUCGACCAAAACGUUAGUAAACCAGAACGUGUUUCGUCUUUCAUGAGUGAGGAUACCUUACAGGAUAUGUACAAUCCUGCUUUACAAACAGGAGGAGAAAGUGCUUAUGAUACAGUUGCUGACAACGAUCAAGAAACAGACAUUGACAUAUCACCAAAAGCUCAUUUGAAUCCGAUAGUAAGUUCAAACUUUCAAAUUGUAUCGGACAUCAACGGAAGCAAAUCAUUUCCUGCUCGUCUGAGGGAAGGAAAACGUAAAAAAGAACGACCAGGUUUGGAACAUCUUGCUAUACCGUUGCAUCAAUCGUCAAAGAAGAAAAACGCCUAUCCGCAAUCUCUUCCAUACUUUGGACAAGACUUCACCGAAGAAGAAGACGACUUUGAUCGCAUACCGAGAAGAACUGGAAGUGUUGACGACAUACCAGGAAUUUAUCCAAUUGCAAAUCCAAGCAUAAUCGUUCAUCGUCAGGCCACUCAUCCAAAAGGAUAUUAUCAACCACCAAUCAUACAAGAGACCAUGGUUCAAAACUCUUCGGCAGCUCCACCUCUUCCUAAAAAAGAGAAAAAGAAGAAAGAUAAGAAACAAAAAGAACAGUCAGACAAACAGGUACCGCAGAUACAUGUGUCGGUCGGACAAGCUGAAGGAGAAGCAAAUAACAGUCUUAAUAACAAUCUGCAAAUUAAUGUCUUGCCAUCUGACGAUCCGAACAUUAUAAAUUUGAAUAUCCGUAGUACAAGCGUUAAUCCGACUGGUCCACAAUCUCUUCCAGUAGUUACUCAUCAGCCCAGUAUUGUUUACCCGGAACCAACGUAUCCUCGAAAUCAGGAAUCUUUUGUAGCUGCUGUUCAUUCUCCGCCAUUUAUGUCUCUUCAGCAGUCACAACUGCAAGAUAACCAACAUCGAGUAGUUGACGUUAGUGCCCCACCAAUGAUACAAACUGGAGAUGAUCUUCCACCACCAGUUCAAUAUUCUACAAACGGAGGUGUGAUGAUGGCCGGGGGAGUUGCAACUGAAAUUUUACCCAACCCAAUAUUAGCUGCGGCUGCACCGCAGCAAUACGGAAAUCCACAACCCAGAGUUGAAGCCUUGCCGCCGGCAGCACAACAAUCUGUACCCUACCCGACCAUUUCUCUCGGGGCCGAGCAACAGACCAGCGUCUAUCCACCAGCACUGCCUGCGACUCAGUCUCUACCUGUGGCUCCGCCUCAAGCACCACCUCCAGUUUUGAAUACUACAGUUUCAUCUGCACCAGUACAGCAACCAUCUCUACAGCCAAACAAUCAAGCUACUGUAGUAAACGUUGAAAGUCCGUGGCCACUUCCUGAAGAUCGACAUAGCUCACUACCAAGCAGUCUGCGUAACUCAAAAUCUGAGAGAAUGCAUCAAGGAGAUAGUGGAAUUGAUUUAACAGUUCAUGGACGAAGUCGGCAUCCUAGAAGCAAAACACCCAAAAACAGGCGAAGACGAUCAGCUAGCAGAUCGUCAGCAAAUCGAAGUACCACAUCAUCUUCCGAUGAAGGAUCAAGGAGAAGAAGACGACCGUCUUCGCAGAAGAAAUUCAAAUCGCAUGAUUACUUAGCAGAGCGACCAACAAAUGAAUACAUGGAAUGGUACAGCGAAAAACAUUUGAAACCAUCGUGCUGUUAUUUGUUUGCCAAGCAUCUAAUGUUCGCAAUCAAUUUUAUAUUUACACUGGCUGGAUUAGCACUGGUUGGUUUUGGAAUCUGGGGAUUGAUUGACCUGCAUCAAAACGGUAUCACUGAUCCUGAGAUCAUCUUUCUGGAUCCACUAUUUGCAGUUCUCGUUAUUGGCUUCGUUGUAACCCUUGUUGCGUUUCAUGGUGCGGCUGGUUUCGUACGAGAUAAUAUCUGUAUGCUGAAGUGUUUCGGAUCAUUGCUCGUCAUUCUUUGUAUUUUAUUCACAGUCGGAGGGAUAGUUUUCUGGGCCAUGCUUAGCCAAGUGAAAGAAUUUACAAUAUCGAGAUUUAACCGCAAUAUUGAAAUGUACAAUCUCGAUACGAGAGUAGGAUUAUCUUAUUCCAUUGAUGUCAUGCAAUCAACAUUUGAAUGUUGCGGAAUGGAAAAGCCACAAACUUCCCAGUGGUCAAGGAACGAAUUAUUCAAAUGCACUGCUACCCGAUCAAGAUGUCCCCUACCAAAGUCUUGUUGUAGAACUACGGCCGACAGUAAACUGAGUUGUCAUGCACAAUCAGAUCUGAAGUUCGACAAACCAUGUGUUGAAGCAAUGUCGAAAGCAGUUAAAAACAACACACCAGUAAUAAUCGGAGUAUGGUUGGGAAUAUGGGCAUUCAUGAUGAUCGAAAUGGUGUGCAUUUAUUUCAUGUGUAAAGAGAUUCAGUAUCUCCAAAAGAUAAGAAAUUUCCUUAAGGAUCCCGUGAAGCACAUGAGAGAACGUCGUCAAACACAAGAAGACGAUGCGUCUGACGAAGAUGUUAGUGACGUAUCUUCAGAUGAAAGCAGCUCUGAAACAGAUAGCUCAGAGGAAGAAUAUAGAAGGCGAAAGAGCAAAAACCGAAAGAAGAGAGAAAAAAGAACGAAAAACAAACGAGACAAAAAACGAAAAAACAAGAAUAUUGGAGGAAGAACAACCAGCAAACGUGGGAGGAGAGGAUCAUACCAUGUAAACAGAACAUUUUCUAUCCAGGACGAAAGGUCAUCGCAUGGAAAACGCAGUCGCCGUGGGUCAAGGCAUAGCAGAGGCAGACGCGGAAGUUACUAACUAUAGUAUGAAAUUUCCUUUUAAAAUGUAUAAGAAAAAGGUUUUUGAAAUGUACAGAUCAAAGGUCAAAUGUAGUACUACAGAUGACUUUGAACAUAAGCAAAUAGUAUUUUUAAUUUUUACUUUUAACAUUACCAGUUGCUGACGAAAAUAUUGAUUUGAGUACAUAGAACUCUUGUUUCUGGCAUGCUUCGGUUUGACCGUUCGAGAAAGUCGACAAGAUCAAUCCUGUCAAGAUAACACGAUGUAAAAAAACAACCGCUGUAGAAUGCAAAUGUAAUUUAUAAAUGAAACAUGACUUCUCUAUCGUAAAGUUGUAUUUAUUUUGUUUUAGUGCGCAUAUAUAUAUAUAUAAAUGUAUGUAUAGAUAUAUAUGUAUGAAGUUUGGACCAAGUGUAAAGCAUUGCUGCACCGUCGAUUGUCGGUAUUUCAUAAGUGAAAAACAUAAAUGAAAAAUGAACUAUUCUUUUUAUGUGGUCACAUUUAUGAAUUUUUAAAAGCAUUCUUGUCUCAGUAAUGUAUCAUUACUAAUUUAUGAAUUCUGGAUACGAGAAGAAUAGUUUCGUUUAUGUUAUAUGACAACUCAAAUAUUAGAAGCAGUAUUGUAUCUAGUUAAAUAGAAAGUACUCUUUAUAAAUUGAUGAAUUUAUUUAGUGAAGUAAAUUUCAAUCAUUGCCAAAAAUAACGUUAAAAUAUCGCCAAAAUUUGAAUGGCAUGUAUUCAUUUGUUUUUUCAUUUAAACUUUGAUCAUAUCAAUCGCAUAUUGCAAGGACAAUGAAUUAAAAUCUUUUAACGUAACGAAUAUUUAUAUUAUAACAAUAAAUUUAUUCCAAAUUUGCUUUCAAUUAAAUAAAAUUACUUUUGUGGAAUGUUUACAUUA